CGAUCCCUUCGCACCCACAUUGACGAGCCUCUGCUUGGUCACGAUCCCUGAGAAACGAUGACCCACAUGCCUUUAAAUCUUGGUACGCGUUACUCCACCGGACAGUCUUCAAACAAACGCCCACCACGACGACCGUACAACCAUUCGUUUCCGUUCCAAUCCAAUUGUCCUCUGUGUGUGCUACCGCGAGGACAUACUACUAAACCCGCGCCGGUGGACUUUCGAAACGGACACUCCCGAUCAAUUAUUAACAGGCGAUUUUUUCCCCAAUCGCUGCUCGGACUCCCGUGUCGCCGUACAGCGAUGAGAGUACACAAAGACUACAUACGACCACCACAUGUCUACGAGCGAGCGAGCAACACACGUUACUUCGGGUAUUCCGUGUGAGCUGCCCAGUUAACCAAUAAGGUAAAAAAGCUCCAGCCGGCUCAUCCGACAUUGACAGUGAGUGGCGGCAUUUGGAACGGUUAACAUGUGCUGCUGUCGUCGUCGUCGAUCCGCGCCGUUCGAGUCUCGUCCUUGUCGCUGCGCCGUCGGGCUACCUCCCCGCUUAGAACCGUUUGGCGUCCAACUACCGUGAAUCCCUUUUGUGCAAUGGUUUAGAAGGGCGCGCGUGUUAUCCUCUUAAUCUAAUCUAAUCAAAGUAAGUGUGCUGUUUCCGGUGUUGAAAUUUGAAAAAAAAAAAGCAAAUACAGAUACAACUCCAGUGAAUAAUUCAACGAAAAAAUUUGCCGUGAAAACAGUGAAUGCAAGUAAUUUAUAUGUGAUCUAAGAAGUUAUCAUAAAUCAUAGAAACACGAAUGGAUAAUGGGUAUUUGUUUGGAUACAGACAAAAGCAACACCACACAGGAGGUGGACGAGUCAGACUGGAAAGGCGGCGGAAGAGGCGGCGACACCCGUUCGGCCAUCGUUCCCUCGCCGACGCUCGGUGGGGGCAGUCCGAUCAACGCCGGCGCCGCGAUGCACAACACCGGCAAAGUCAAAUUCGACCCGCCAAAGGUCCCGGUCAUCUUCGUGCUCGGUGGCCCCGGUAGUGGCAAAGUGACCCACUGCGACUCGCUUAUGCAGGAGCGCCGCGGGGUCACCCACAUCAACAUGAUGGACCUGCUGCAGCAAUACGCCAUCGGGAACGAUAUGCAGGACUUCUCCCACCUAUCGUCCAGAACUGUCACGGAAGUGUUAAUGCUCGAAAUGAAAAUGUCCCCAGCUGCCAAAACCUACCUGGUCUCCGGGUAUCCACGUUCCAUGCGGGACGUGGUGGAGUACUCCGAAAAGAUCCAAGUGAUCAACGGUAUUAUACUGAUAUCCUGGCGCCAGACAAUCCUCCAGCGCCAGAUAGACCAUGGUGCCAGGCUGGGCCACGUGGUCCUGUCGCUUGCCAAGAUGGAACUGGAAAACUUCUUCAAGAACGUCAUGCCCGUUGCGGAUUACUUCGACCACAGCAAUAUGCUUCUCGCAAUCAACGGUGAACGCGCUCCCACCGAGGUGUACAAAGACUUCCGCUCGGCCGUGCUCGAGAUUCUCAAGGCACAGGAGAACGAGGAAGCGCUAUUGAACGGAGUCGCAGGUAUGGGUAGGGGCGUAGACGACAUUCCCGGCAGUAUAGUUAGCGUAGACACGGCACCUAGUCAAAAUAAAGUUAUUGCAGCUUCGGCCAGGGCCAGGGCGGCACAUCAAGUAGAAAUCAAUGGCCGCAAUCGGUCCCCGUCGCCACCACCGCCGCCAGUAGCUGCUCCGGUGUCGCCUCCGGUGCCAGCAAUAGCAGCCGGAGCUGCUCAAUUGUUACGGCAGCAGCCACGUGGUAGCCUAGCAGUGCCAGUCGCAGCAACGCGCCAGGACAGCCCUAUCGGGCACGGCAUGGCCCUAAAGCCGGGGCAGAUUCCGCCGAUUAUAUGGGUCAUCGGUGGACCCGGAAGCAAUAAGGCGACACUGUGCUUGAAAACAGUCGGAAUCAAUCCGGGGUGGGGUCACUUUAGCGUGGGGCGUCUAUUGCGAGCGAUAGCAGAAUCGGAUCCGCGGGUCGGGACAGAUAAUUACGCCGUCAAGGAAGCAAUUACGGCCGGUGAAAUGGUUCCUAAAAAAUCGAUAGAGCAGUUGAUCGAAAACCAACUGGCUCAGCUGAGCGACAAACGGGGCGUCAUCAUCGACGGCUAUCCACGGGAUAUGCAGCAAGUGCGGGACUUCGAACAGAAGUACCGCCAAUCGCCACCCAUCAUACUUCUGGACUGUUCGAAACUUCAGCUCGGCCGGGGCCGGCUGGACGAUACCGUAUCUUCCUUCCGGCGGCGCUUGGAACUGUUCCGCGAACUGACCCUCCCAAUGCUCAAGGAAAUGGACACCGCUGGACGGUUGACCAUCGUUGACGGUGACACCGACAGUCCUACGGUUCAGCGAGAGUUCGAACGCAUCGUCCGGGACAACAUCCAGAAGGUCCUGAAUCAGGACAUUACACCGGUGAAGAUUGGUACCUUCAAGAACGCCAUUCAGCAGGGUCGAAAUUCGACAGUUCAGAAGAAUGCCGACGCCAUCGUUCAUGAUUUGGAUGCGGAUGUUCCUGGGGUUGUGCCAACCAUCAGUCAUCACGUAAGCUUGGCCAACGGUCAUCUUGGAGGGGUAGCUACAGCCGGAGGAGCUAACAGGAAUGGAUACAUCCCGAACGGUCGGCCCAAUUUCCGGAAUAUGCUACAAGAGGCGGAUAGUUUUGAUACUCACAUGUAGAAGAUCACCCACUCAAGUAGGUCAGAACCAAGGUGUAGACAGCCAUAGCUAAUAAGUACAAAAAGUUUUCGUUACUAUUACGGUAUCGAAUGGAACAUUACCUUCACAGAAUCAAAAAUCAAAUAAAUCAUAGCUUUAACCAGAUUCGAGAAGGAUAAGUAAUAAUUAAGUGAACAUAUUUAAAUUGGCUUAGUGCCAAAUGUUGUUACGUAUUGGUAUUUUUGUUUAUUGAAUGAAUAAAUAGUAUUUAGUGAAA